GGAGAUUUCUUUCUUAUUUUUUUUUGAUGGUCUUUCUUUCUUAUUAUUACUAGUAUUUUUUGUUCUCUCUCUCUCUCUCUCUCUCUCUCUCUCUCAAAGUUCAGAGAAACAUCUCUUUGCUCACACAAACAGAGAAGCCUCUUUUCCUCACGCUAAUCCAACGCACGGUUGUUUGGAAAAGGAGACAGUAAAAUGGUUCUUCGCAUAUUCUCCAGCCUUAAACGUCGUCAGUGGAAGCUCCUGCUCGCCACCUCUACUCUUCUUCUGUUCUUAGCUGCAAGUUCACUUGGAUCUCCUGUUGAAACUCACAAAAGUGGCAGAUCAUCUGUGUUCUCAUUAUUUAACCUCAAAGGAAAGAGUCGAUUUUGGAGCGAGGAUGUUAUACAUAAUGAUUUUGAUGAAUUGAAGUUUUCAAGCCAUGGAAAAGUAAGCGCAUUUAAUUAUACCAACUCAGGUAAUAUUGCAAACUAUCUAAAGCUGCAGGAAAUUGAUUCCAUCUACCUUCCUGUUCCUAUCAACUUCAUUUUUAUAGGAUUUGAAGGGAAGGGCAACCAAGAAUUCAAGCUUCUUCCAGAAGAAAUUGAGCGCUGGUUUACAAAAAUUGAUCACAUCUUUGAACAUACACGAAUUCGACAUGAAGAAGUUCUAACUGCAUUCUACAAAACAAGUGUAGAUAAAAUUCAAUUGCACUCCCAUCCUGUUGCCAGUCACAUAAAUUACAACUUUUCUGUCCAUGCUAUCGAAAUGGGAGAGAAGGUUACCUCCAUAUUUGAGCUUGCCAUAAAGGUGUUUGGUCGCAAGGAUGAUCCAGUUGGCAGUGGGGAUAAUGAUGGUGAUGAUUGGCAAGUAGAUGUGGACAUGAUAGAUGGUCUUUUGACUAGCCUCGUCGAAUACCUUCAACUUGAAAAUGCAUAUAAUAUUUUUAUUUUGAAUCCCAAGCGUGACGAGAGGAGAUCUAAAUAUGGAUAUCGGAGAGGUUUAUCGGAGUCCGAAUUUAACUUCUUAAAGGAGAAUAAUAGUUUGCAAAUGAAGCUUCUGCAGUCAGAAGUGGUUCCUGAAAAUCCUCUUGCUCAUAUAAAGAUUCAGCGACCAUUAUAUGCAAAGCAUCCGAUGAUGAAGUUUGCAUGGACAAGAACAGAGGACACUGAUAUUGUGGAAUGGUAUAAUAUUUGGCUUGACACACUAGAUAAUUUUGGGAAGUUGCAUCAAGGGAGAGAGAUAGCUAAACUCAUUGAGGCCAAAGCUUUACAGGUACUAAAAGGGAAGGAUCAGGAUCUAAAGCUCCUUUUGGAAAGGGUAUUAAAAUCUGCAGAUUAUGGUGGUUUCCAAGCAGAAUGUCUCACAGACACGUGGAUUGGAAAGGACAGCAGAUGGGCCUUUAUUGAUUUAAGUGCUGGUCCAUUUUCAUGGGGACCUGCUGUUGGUGGAGAAGGCGUGCGUACAGAAGCAAGCUUGCCAAAUGUGGAAAGGACAAUUGGUUCAACUUCAGAAAUUUCAGAAGAAGAAGCUGAAGACCUUCUGCAAGACGCUAUUCACGAGAAAUUUGCGGUAUUUGGUGAUAAAGACCACCAGGCUAUUGAUAUUCUUCUGGCUGAGAUUGAUAUAUAUGAGCUUUUUGCUUUUAAACAUUGCAAGGGAAGGAAAGUCAAACUUGCUCUCUGUGAAGAACUUGAUGAGAGGAUGCGGGAUUUGAAAAAUGAGCUACAGUCUUUUGAAGGUGAAGAAUAUGAUGAAAGUCAUAAGGCAAAAGCCAUAGAGACAUUAAAGAGGAUGGAGAGCUGGAAUUUAUUCAGUGACACACAUGAGGAGUUUCAGAACUACACAGUUGCACGCGAUUCGUUUCUUUCACAUCUUGGCGCGACACUGUGGGGAUCUAUGAGACAUAUCAUAUCACCUUCAGUUUCUGAUGGGGCCUUCCAUUAUUAUGAGAAGAUAUCCUUUCAGUUGUUUUUCAUGACACAGGAGAAAGUUAGGCACAUUAAACAGCUUCCUGUGGAUAUGAAUGCUAUAAAGGACGGACUCUCCUCAUUGAUGGUGCCUUCUCAGAAACCAAUGUUCAGUCCACACAUGCUACCUCUGUCAGAUGAUCCUGAUUUAGCAAUGGCCUUUUCUGUUGCACGGAGAGCAGCUGCUGUGCCACUGUUACUUGUCAAUGGAACGUAUCGAAAGACAAUUCGCACCUAUCUUGAUUCUUCCAUUCUGCAGUAUCAGUUGCAAAGGCUAAAUAAGCACGGUUCUCUUAAAGGUAGGCAUGCACAUUCCAGGUCCAUGCUAGAGGUUCCAAUCUUUUGGUUCAUUCACAGUGAACCAUUGUUACUGGACAAACAUUUUCAGGCUAUAGCACUAUCCGACAUGAUUAUUGUUGUUCAGUCAGAGCCCUCUUCUUGGGAAAGCCAUCUACAUUGUAAUGGACACUCACUUCUGAUGAACCUGAGGCAGCCGAUAAAAGCUGCUGUAGCUGCUACUGCUGAGCAUCUUGCGGGUUUGCUUCCCCUUCAUCUUGUUUAUGGUCAAGCCCAUGAGACUGCAAUGGAGGACUGGAUAUGGUCGGUAGGGUGCAAUCCUUUCUCUGCUACAUCACAAGGAUGGCACAUUUCACAGUUCCAGUCUGAUUCAAUUGCUCGAAGUUAUGUCAUCACAACUCUUGAAGAAUCAAUCCAACUGGUUAAUUCUGCCAUUCAUCGCCUACUAAUGGAGCGUACUA